CUCGGUUGCCAGGGCCGCGCGGUUGCCAGGGCCGCGGUUCAGCGCCGUGGCGGCUCGGCCGCCCUCCCGUCCGGCCCGCCGCCUGCCCGGGGCCAUGGUGAAGCUCGCUGCCAAGUGCCUGCUGGCAGGAGAUCCGGCUGUGGGGAAGAGUGCUUUAGCCCAGAUGUUUCGCAGUGAUGGGGCUCAUUUUCAGAAGAACUACACACUGACAACGGGCAUAGAUCUGUUGGUAAAGGCUGUAUCGGUUCCAGAGACAAGUGAUAGUGUGGAAUUCUUCAUUUUUGACUCUGCAGGAAAAGAUCUAUUUUCUGAGAUGCUGGAGAAACUGUGGGAGCAACCCAACGUUCUGUGCCUUGUGUAUGAUGUCACUAAUGAGCAAUCUUUCAACAACUGUACCAAAUGGUUGGAGAAGCUGAGGGCUCAAGCAGUUGGGGUGCACAUCCCAGGUGUCUUAGUGGGGAAUAAAACAGACCUAGCUGAUCGCCGAGUUGUGGAGCAGAAAGAAGCACAGAAGUGGGCUGAGAAACAUGGCCUGGAAUACUGUGAGAUGUCAGUGAAGGAGAUGAAAAAUUUUGAGGCCCCUUUCCACAUCCUGGCAAAGUUAUUCCACCAACUCUACAAAGAGAAAGUGGAAACUUUUCACUCACUAGCAUGACUGGUAUGACUUAUUUAUCCUCUAAGCUUCUUCUGGUGCCUAGAAUCCUGCUGGAUGGAAUACAGAGAGAAGAAAAAAGAUGAGCUAUUUGCUUCUUCAUGGUCAUCUUCUGGUAAUUCAAAAUAAACUAGAAAUAAGCAAGUGGAAAGACA